AUGCACGGCGGAAGACAUAACAACGGCCCCUCAGGCGGCAUGGGCGGCGGCAUGAACGGUGGCGGUAUGAACGGUGGCGGUAUGAACGGUGGCGGUAUGAACGGUGGCGGUAUGGGCGGUGGCUACGGCGGCGGCAGCGGAAUGGGAGGUGGUAUGGGUGGCGGUCACCACGGCGGCCACCACGGCGGUAUGGGUGGCGGCGGUAUGAACGGAGGUGGUAUGAACGGAGGUGGCAUGAAUGGAGGUGGCAUGAACGGUGGUGGCAUGGGAGGCGGCUACGGAGGUGGCAUGAAUGGAGGUGGUAUGAACGGCGGUGGCAUGGGAGGAGGCCACUCUGGCGGCAACUACAACAACAGCAACAGCAACAGCGGCGGUGGAGGCGGUGGUCUCCUCGGUAGUCUCAUGGGCGGAGGCAAGGACAAGAACGACAACAAGCAGAGCGGCGGUGGCGGCUUCACCGAUAAGAUCAUCGACGGCGCCGCUUCGAUGGCCAAGAAGAAGUUCUAA